GUUGGGCGUCGGCCUCUUCCGCCGCUGCCCCCGGCUCGGCUCAGCCCCGCCCCGAGCGGCGGCGGCGGCUCCUUGACCCCGGUGCCAUGCGUCCCGGUGGCGUGGGCAUGGCCGUGUCCUGGGCGCUGCCCGCGCCCCUCAGCCUGGCGCAGCUGAAGCGCCUGGAGCAGCACCGCUACAGCUCGGCCGGGUGCUCGCUGCUGGAGCCGUGGCUGCAGCCCUACUGGGGCUGGCUGGUGGAGCAGGUCCCGCGGGGGCUGGCGCCCAACGCCAUCACCUUGGGCGGCCUCCUGCUGAACUGCCUGACGGCGCUGCCGCUCAUCGCCUGCUGCCCCAGCGCCACCGAGCAGGCACCUUUUUGGGCAUACAUCCUGGGUGCACUAGGACUUUUUAUCUACCAGUCUCUGGAUGCCAUUGAUGGGAAGCAAGCCAGAAGAACAAACAGUAGUUCUCCCCUCGGAGAGCUCUUUGAUCAUGGUUGCGACUCUAUUUCCACAGUAUUUGUUGUCCUUGGAUCCUGCAUAGCAAUCCGACUAGGAUCGAAUCCUGACUGGUUGUUUUUCUGUUGUUUUGUGGGACUGUUCAUGUUCUAUUCUGCUCACUGGCAGACAUAUGUAUCAGGCAUACUAAGGUUUGGAAAAAUUGAUGUAACUGAAGUUCAGAUCACCAUAACAAUGCUGCUCUUGAUAACUGCCUAUGGAGGAACAGGAUUAUGGGACUAUAAGGUCCCUUUGCUGGGCUUAGAACUGAAGUUCUUUGCAGUUAUUGGCAUCUUGUGUGGAACAGCACUUUCUUUUUUCAAUUACUUCCGUGUCAUCUUUGGUGGAGGGGUUGGAAAGAAUGGAUCUACAAUAGCAGGAACAAGUGUUCUUUCACCAGCCCUGCACAUUGGACUGCUUAUCACACUGGCCAUUACAAUUUAUAAAAAGUCUACAACUCAGCUGUUUGAAAAACAUUCUUGCCUGUAUGUCUUGACAUUUGGGCUUGUGAAUGCCAAAAUUUCACAGAAGUUGGUGGUGGCUCACAUGACAAAAAGUGAAAUUUGUCUUCAGGACUCUGCAUUUAUUGGGCCAGGACUUCUGUUUUUGGACCAGUACUUCAACAGUUUCAUUGAUGAAUAUAUUGUUCUGUGGAUAGCAUUGUUCAUAUCCUUGUUUGAUAUGCUGAGAUAUGCCAGUGGUGUGUGCCUACAGAUUGCUGCUCAUCUUCAUAUACAUGUCUUCAGAAUUUCAUCUCAUCAAGCUCCUGAGCAGGUUCAAAACCAUAAUGACUGAUUAAAUAAGUCAAGGACAAGAGAAGACGCAGUUAGGGGAAUGAAGCAGCAGCCUCUGUGUUUUUGGGAAGACAGAUUAAGCAUUUGAAGAAAACAGUUUUAUGAGAAAGUUGACUGUGUUUCAGACAUUACCAGAUGUUAGACUUAGUAGGUACAAAGUUCUGCAGAUGCUGUUGUACUCUUGAACCAGUAUUUCCCUGUGUUUCAGACCACAAAUACUACAUUUGAAAAUGUUGCCAUUUCCUGUUAGGUAACUUUAAUUCUGUACUUCUCUUCUGGUGAAUGUAGAUGCAAACCAAGGUGCUACCAGCCAGAAUUCGAAGAGGAAUUUCAUGUCUUAUCUUGUAGCAUUGGGUUCUAAAGUUUUGUUGGAACUGCUCUAAAGUGGUUGUCAGAUGUUCCAAUGAAUUCAAUCCUGCAUUAUUAAGACUGGUAAAAUGAGGCAGCCAUGACCUAAAAAUCACUCAUUCUCUCCUCUGGUACUUCUAAGGAACAAGCUCUUGGAUAAAGGAGAUAAAGGAGGUACAGCUCAGGAAAAUUUUCUUCUGAUUCAAAGUACUGUUAUGAGUGCCUUUAGAAUUCAUGCAUUCUCUAAGUACAUAACCUACUGCUACCACAUGGAACUUUAGCUUGCACUUUCUUUCAAGGCCAGUUUCUGGUUCUGUGGUCACAGUAAGGUCAGUCUCAUUGUACUUCACCCUUAUCUAGACUACAGCUAGCUGUGUAAGGAGAGGACUGACUUUAGGCACCCUAACUUGUAUCUGUAAGUCUACACAAGUGAAGGACAAAGCUCAUUGAUAAACUCCAAAGCCUGUGGCUCCAGCCCUGCAGCCCACCUUUCUGUAUUUCCCUCUCUGGUCUUUUUGCUAACCCUGUGUUCAAUUACCUUACAAUUGAUCCUAUUGUCUCGUACCUACCACUGUACUUUAUCCAAACAAAAGGGCACAAAACUGAACCAUAAUGUAAAACUCUCCAAAACAGGAACUCAGGCCCAAUAUCAGCUUCUUUCUUCAAGAACUGACCCACUGGGUAACAUAAUAUAUGUAACAAGGGGGCUGUUGCCAUUAUAGAAAAGCUGAAUGAAAAAUUGAUUACUUGCACACAAACCCCAUACAUAAGCUCCUUUCAAGAGGUACUACUUGAAUAUGGUUUAUGUAAAAAGCUGUUGAAUAUAAGUGUGCAUUACUCUCUCCAGUUGCCGAUAUGUACCUGAGCUUCUGAGUUAAUGAAGUCCUUCCUGAACUGCCCAAUAAAGAAUGCCAUGGUUUGUUUUAAAAAGACUACCACUGCUUAUUAGUUCGAAAAUACUUCCUGAGGUGUUUAAGGAACUUUUAAAGUGGUGUAUUGUCUGCUGGUCUGGAGGAAAUAAAAUACAUCCACCACCCUCCUGCCUAAGAAGAAUAUAAUGAUCAUUUUGAGGAUCUGUUGCUGUAACAGUUACUGCUAAAGGACUACAACUCAAAGUGACUAAUAUAAAUUCAGAAUGAAUCCUAAUACUCCUGUUUGAGACUGGAAAUGACACAGCAUCUGCACAUGAACCCAGGCUGUGGUCAAAUAGAAAGAAGAUGGUAAUGACCAUUUUACUUUGGCUGAAUACAGUAAGCAAAUUAACCUCCUGAUGAAAAGACACAGGCAACAUCUUAAGAGUGAAAUGAGUCAGUUCUCCACAAUGGUCAAAACUGUGUGCUGGCAUAGCAGGUAUAGGUAGUUUUGAGGAUAUGACUGAGGUAUGUGGAUAAUAGGAGACUAAUGCAGAAAUCACUCAGAAAAUCAGAACCAUGACUCAAUACUAACAAAUAAAACCAGAAGCAGGAGGUAAUGCUAACAAAUAAGCUCCUGUUGAAGAUCUGAAGCAGAACCUGUCACCUAUUUCAUAGCCUCCUGUCACUGGCCUGAGAGGGCUAAGACUCAGUAAUUACAAAGCAGCAUUGUUACUGGUUACCAUGAGAGGCCCAUAUCCCCUCAUGCAUCAGUGUAGCAGUAUAACUCCCAUGUUUGCUCCUGUCCUGAAUUCUGGCAGGGGCAGAACAAGAAGUUCUAUACUCAUUAUAACAAAAAAGCUGAAGUUAAUGCAAGUUAGCCAUCACUAGUUUGGCUUCCAGACAUGGAGAACCACCAUCAAAUGACUUGACUCAAAAUGCUCAUAGGCUGAGAAGAUAAAUAUGGUUUUGAAACACAUUGUUGUGACAACAUCACAUUUGGUGUGUGUGGGUGUGUGGAUGUUUUUUAUCUACUGUUGUAUUAAAUCAAAACAUUAAAUAUGUUGGCAACUAUCUAAUUUUUAAAAGUAGAUAUUCAGAUGUUAUGCUUUUCUGUAAAAACAAACUGCAUGUGCACUAAGCCAAUUGUUUAGUUUAUACUUACUGUAAUGAGCUACAUGCAAGAUAAAUGCUUUACCCUUAAAACUCAGGCCUCCCUAAAUUGCUAGUCAUUUGGAAUUGCAAAAAAUAAUAUUCCAUCUCAAAGGCUUGUAAUAGCCUGUACUAAAUAAAUGAGGUAAAUUUCUUCUAGCAGUGGUUCUACAGAAAGCAGACCCCAAAAUGCAUAAUGUUUAAUUAUUGUUACUUGAGCGGGUACAUGAAACUCAUAAUUUAACUAAAAAAAACCUCCAUUUGCUGGACAAAUUACAGCAGUUUAUAAAUCUCAUACUAAUACAGAGAUAGUACAAUGUCUAGACUAACAAAAGAGUUAACAAAAUUUACUUCAAUUUACCAUAAUACACAUCAUUAAACAAUUCUGUCUGAGCUAUGUCAUAUCCUGUGAAUUGUUAUAACAGCUAAUAUAUCAGCAGACUAAUUGAAACUGUGACAAUCUGCAGCUUGUUAGAAAUGCUUCUAUUUACAAAAUGUACCUAAAGGCCUCAAGUUAUUAUGUAAAGUCUGGGUAAUGCAUGUUUCAUUAAUUCUUCCCCUUGUCACAAUUUGGUAUAUAAAAGUGAAACUAUUUGAAGUCCAGUGCUAUUGGAAGUGGCCAUGAAAUUUUUAAAAAUCAACUGAACAGACAGUGAAUGGUUUGGGGUCCAUACUGCCCCCCAGUAAUAGAAGUUUACUAAGAUAUGUUCUUACAACAUGAACAGAGAAGAUUAGAACAAUCUAGGAAAGAGUGUAAUAGGAACCUUGAAACAUUUAAAUCUCAACAUCCUUCUAAUGCCUGUACUUGUAUCGUGUUACUUAGGUACAAGUUGCUCCUCCACUGAGCCAUCAGAAUAACAUGGACUGAAGAGACUUGCGAACAGUUGCCAUCUCCUGCUGUUGCUGUCACAAGAAAAGGAGAUAAUGCUGAACAAAUGCUGUAUAAAUAUGAUUUCUUUGAAUUAAAUGAAUGUCAAAUGACUUUUAAUUGAAUGUUCUAUUUUUGCAUUUAACUAACUUCAUAGAUCUAUACUCACAGUGUCCAUCAUAAUCUUCUUCUGCAACAGCGCCAUUUCCUUGCGAAGUUCAUUUUGGGCACCAGCCAGAAGAUUUUCAUUGCUCUUCUCCAGCUCUUCCAUGCUCUGAAGUUAAGGAUAAUAUUAAUUCAGAACUCCUCAGUGUCAAGCAGUUAAUUUAAAACAACCAAACAAACCAAGAAUUAUUCAUACUACAAUUUAAUUUUUACAGUGGUCACAGAUAAUUGAUGAGUUUGUCACAAACUUGGCAGAGGAAUCACACAGGACUUCAUACUCCAGUCUACAUUCCUAUUUAAACAGUAUGUACCCUGGGAAGAGGAUAGAGCCCUCCAGUCAGCCUCUGUGAGGUCUCAGCUACUUUUUCUGCAUUUCAUAUAAGAUAAAAAUUCUACAGGAGGAGAUUGAACAGACAUCUGUCAGGAAUUCAAAGGGUUCAAUAUUAUGACAACCUUGCUGGACUUGAAGUGAGGAGUAUAAACCCCACUGCGCUUCUUUGCACACUUCUCCCCAAAUAAGCCAAAUAAAACUCCCUGGUUAUCUUCCCUUUUUUACAUACGAUUACACUUACCUCUGUGUAUGUGUCUAGUUGCAUUUUCCUUAAUUUGUAUUUAUUUAAGCUUAUUUGAGGUUUGACUUCUAGCUUUCGAUAUUUUUUGAGGAGAAAAAUCAAAGUGAUACUUGACCUUCUGUUCAGUUUUUCCUCUUUGAUGGUGACAUUUUUGACAUUUUGGAACAGUUAUUAUUUAUUAAUGCUUCUGUAAUAUACUCAGUAAAUUUUGAUUUUUUUAAACUAA